AGAGUGGAAAACUGAAGGCAGGCACGUAGUAUAGAAAUUGUGUGUGUUAGUUUUAGCGGUUAAAAGCGUCCAACCGGUUUUCCCGCAAAAGAGGAAAAUCUCUGCAUUUUGCCCACUUCAUCCAUCACAGAACUCAGGAAAGAGAAGAAAAAGAGAAAAACUUCCCACGCUUUCUUUUUCUUUUUCUUCAUCUUUUUCUCCCUGUAAAUUAAGGGCGGGCUGUGUUUUCGGUUUGUUUUAUUUGUUUUUGUUUUUGUUUUUUUUCCCCGAUUUUUCGAUAGGUCGUCGCAUGUUGGUUGAUGCUCAAGGAGGGACAGACUGACAGGCCAGAUCUAUCUGCAUUGCAUUAGGAUUCCAUGUUCUUGAUUUAUGAUCAUAUUUCAUGGUGAAUUAUAUCAUCAUUGAUCUUUGAUCAUUCAUCAUUCUAUGUGGAUCUGCUCGAAUUCUUUGAUUGUCCUAUUUCAUUCAUAUAUUGUAGCCUCAGAAUAUACGGUUAGGCGCCGGGAAGAAAAUAAUUAGGUUUUCAAUCCUGAGAGUUGGUGUGUUAGUAUGGAUUGUUAAAAUUUUGGUUUAAGAUUACUGUGUCUGCUUACAAUUUGAGAUAAGAUGUCGUGCUGCGGUGGUGGAGAGCUAGAGGAUUAUAGCGGUCCACCGGCUAAUCAAAGUACAGUCCCUCCUAAUAAGGCCGGCUACCCCUAUCGCGGCACCGGUGGUGCUAGUGACAGAGAGCCAAGGAAUUCUGGGUCUGCGAGAAAUGGAGCUCCACAGAAAGUUCUUCCAAUUGAGAUACCUGCAAUGCAAUUGGAUGAGCUGAACAAAUUGACAGGCAACUUUGGGCAAAAGGCUUUGGUGGGUGAGGGAUCCUACGGCCGCGUUUUUUCUGCAACAUUAAGCAGCGGCGAGCAGGUCGCAAUAAAGAAGUUGGAUACCACUUCACCGGAGCCAGAUUCCGACUUUGCAGCACAGUUAUCAACGGUUUCAAGACUUAAGAAUGAUCAUUUUGUGACUCUUCUUGGGUAUUGUCUAGAGGCAGACAACAGAAUUUUGGUAUAUGAGUUUGCAACCUCGGGGUCUUUACAUGAUGUUUUACAUGGUAGGAAAGGUGUACAAGGUGCUGAGCCAGGUCCAGUUCUUACCUGGAAUCAGAGAGUUAAGUGUGCUUAUGGGGCGGCGAGAGGGCUUGAGUUUCUGCACGAAAAAGUUCAGCCUCCUAUUGUUCAUCGCGAUAUCAGAUCCAGCAAUGUGCUACUGUUUGAUGAUUUUACAGCAAAAAUUGCUGAUUUCAACUUGACAAACCAGUCUUCUGAUACAGCAGCUCGGUUGCAUUCCACAAGAGUCUUGGGAACUUUUGGCUACCAUGCUCCAGAGUAUGCCAUGACAGGGCAGAUUACUCAGAAGAGCGAUGUUUACAGUUUCGGAGUGGUCCUUUUAGAGCUUUUGACAGGAAGGAAGCCGGUUGAUCACACCAUGCCCAAAGGACAACAGAGUCUGGUGACUUGGGCCACCCCGAGAUUGAGUGAAGACAAAGUGAAACAAUGUGUGGAUCCAAAGCUAAACAAUGAGUAUCCCCCAAAGGCAAUUGCCAAGAUGGCAGCAGUUGCAGCACUGUGUGUUCAGUACGAGGCAGAUUUUCGCCCAAAUAUGACAAUCGUUGUGAAGGCUCUGCAGCCGCUUCUCAACUCAAAGCCAGCCACCGGCCCAGAGACGCGUGCAUAGACAAGUCAUCAAGGUGCCGUGCCACAGGACCAAAUAACACUAUGGAGUGAGUCUGCAAAAUCUUAACAGAAACUCUCUGGAUGGAUCAAGCCACUUUCUGCAAAUGGAAUCUGAGCCACGGAUUCAGCAUUUUGUGUGCAAAAAAGAUUUUGAUGAUAACCUACGUGAAUUCAUCUUCUUCUCUGUAGAUUCUGAACGUUGUUAUCCAUUUUAUGUCAUGUAAUUAUUCCCUCUUAAAAUAAGUAGAAAUGGAGGAGGACAUUGUACUUAUCAUGUCUAACUAGUAUUCAUUCUUACUCA